CAUCCGGAGACGCAGCCUGUUCGGGGUCGCACGCUGAUGACGUCACUUUAGCCCGUUUGGCUACUGUCACAUCGGACGCUUUGCAGGACAGAUUUCACACCUUAAAUACGGGGAUGUCAUCUUCAUGUGGUACAAGCAAUGGCUGCCAAGUUGCUGUUGAGGAGACGGCGGAGAAACAGGCAAAGGAACAUCCCCGUGUCCUGAUUCCUGAGCUAUGUCGCCUCUUCUACCAGCUGGGAUGGGUGACGGGGACGGGCGGCGGGCUCAGUCUGAGACAAGGAGACCACAUCUACAUUGCACCAUCAGGCGUCCAGAAAGAGAGAAUACAGCCAGAAGAUAUGUUUGUGUGUGACGUGGAGGAGAGGGACAUUAGCUGUCCACCUGCUUGGAAGAAGUUUAAGAAGAGCCAGUGUACGCCGCUUUUUAUGAACGCCUACACCAUGAGAGGGGCACAGGCAGUUAUACACACCCACUCCAAGGCUGCUGUCAUGGCAACGCUGCUGUAUCCUGGCAAGGAGUUCAGGAUAACACACCAGGAGAUGAUCAAGGGGAUUCGUAAGGGCACCUCAGGCACAAACUAUCGGUAUGACGACUGCCUGGUGGUGCCUAUUAUUGAGAAUACGCCCGAGGAGAAGGACUUGAAAGACCGCAUGGCUCGGGCGAUGGAAGAAUACCCCGAUUCAUGCGCGGUUCUUGUCCGCCGGCACGGUGUCUACGUCUGGGGGGAGUCGUGGGAAAAAGCUAAGACCAUGUGCGAGUGCUACGACUACCUGUUCGACAUCGCCGUCCAGAUGAAGCAGAGCGGAUUGGACCCUUCAGCCCUUCCAACGGAGGAGGAGAAAGGAAUAAUGUGACAUUCAGUGGCGCUUUUUAAAGAUACAUUUGUAGCAGAAAGGUUAGCGGAGUUCAGUCAGGAGAGCAGAUUGUAAUCAUUUGCCUUUCACGCCGGCCUGCUUCAAAUUUGAUGAAAUUUGAUGGUGAGGGCUGAUUCGGGGGUUGAAGGAGAUUGAAUGCCUGUGAUCUGGAAGUAGCCGGAGGUACAUUGUAAGGCACUGUGGGACAACUCAUGAGUGAGCGGCUGUCAAAUCAAUGUCCUCAGGUUCAAAUGCUUCCCUUUUCGAGUCUGACUGCACUGGAAUCAAAGUCUGGCUGCAUGUCGAGCAUGAGUGUACCGUGCUUCUCCAUUGAUCUGUAUUGACGCUUAGCUUUUUUUGCUUCAUUUAAAUAAAUAAAUAAAUACAAGACGGACUGUUAAAA